GCCGCCGCCGCCCCGUGAGGAGCCGGAGCCGCCGCCGCCGCCAUCAUGCCGGUGUACUUCCAGCGGCCCGAGAACGCCCUGAAACGGGCGAACGAAUUCCUUGAGGUUGGCAAAAAGCAGCCUGCCCUUGAUGUUCUCUAUGAUGUUAUGAAAAGUAAGAAACACCGAACAUGGCAGAAAAUCCACGAGCCGAUUAUGCUGAAGUACCUGGAGCUCUGCGUGGAUCUCCGCAAGAGUCACCUGGCAAAAGAAGGACUGUACCAGUACAAGAAUAUCUGCCAGCAGGUUAAUAUCAAAUCUUUGGAGGAUGUUGUUCGAGCCUAUUUAAAAUUAGCUGAAGAAAAAACAGAAGCAGCUAAGGAGGAGUCCCAGCAGAUGGUACUGGACAUAGAAGACCUGGAUAACAUUCAAACUCCAGAAAGUGUUCUUUUGAGUGCUGUGAGUGGAGAAGACACUCAGGAUCGUACUGACCGACUGCUUUUGACCCCCUGGGUUAAAUUUCUAUGGGAAUCCUAUAGACAGUGUUUGGAUCUUCUCCGAAAUAAUUCUCGAGUGGAACGCCUGUACCAUGACAUUGCACAGCAAG